AUGAACAAGGAAAAAGAAAAGGAGCAGCUUCUUCAGGACGCUUCUACCCUUCUUAUGUUCGCCAACGUGGCCCGUCAAGGCCUGGGGCUGCCUGGCGACUCACCUACCGAUCAGAACAAAACAUCUUCACCACAAGAAGCAAACCAACCAAACCCAAGCGGACAACCUCACAGUGGUGGCUCGAGUGUUUCUACUACUUUGAAGAACUCUCCAACGCAGGGUGCCACCGAGUCUCCCUCGAUACCUCAGAAGUCGCCUAGCCAGAUACCAAGCCAGACACCUUCAGGUCCACAACUAUCUCCUAGCCAGCCGGCUGUGCGUUCGCCACCACAACUUCGACACGGGUCGUGGAAUACUCCUCUAGGCUCUCAGUCCCAUUUACUGCCAGGCAGCGGCUCCCUACCGCCUGCUCUCCCUAAUAGAGGCUAUUUUCCAUAUGUGUACUCUGGCAGCUCACAUUACGGGCCAGGCCUCCAACAGCCUCCACAACAGUUACCUCACUUAGGACAUUCUCCCCAAUCUAGUGAAGCCAAAAUUCCAUCUAUCGCCAACAUCCUGAGUUAUCCAAAGCUAGAAGAGAGUGCUGCUAUCAAACAAGAGCCUAAGGACAGUGCUAAUGUGAAAAGUCCUCCGCUUGAUUCUGGAAAACCACAGUCACCAAGCCAGGGCAACCUUCCUGCUCAAGGUAGCUUCCAGACGCACCGCAGGUCGACUUCAGGAGGCUUCUCUAGUUCGGGCCACUCUCCUGGUGCAGCCAAGGUUGCAUUGUCAAGAGGAAUUAAUGUCGAAACAGGGAAGAGAAGCACGGACAAUGCUGUCAUUGCCGCUGCCGCUUUGGCGGCCGCUGCUGACAUUCCUCUUCCACUAAAGCGGAAGGAAGAGGAGACCAAGCCAGAGGACACUUCAAAAGCCCCUGCUACCAAAGAUGAUUCUGUCGUUACAGAGCCAGAGGAUGAUAACAAAACGGACGAUGAGACGAUACCAGAAAACACGCCAAGAACAGGUGCCGUGGCAGCUUUCCCAUCCACGUCAACACAGCCCCGUGUGAAUCGUCCUGUCACUCCACCAUCUCCCCAACAGGAGCCUCCAAAACCACUUACUUUGAACGAUGGCUCGCUAGAGACUGCUAAAGCAAUCGGCCUGACAUCUUCAGAGCAUGCCGCUGCCGUGCAACCAAAGGAAGAGCAAGAGCCUCACAGCACAACAAAUUAUAGACCUCCUCCACUUCAUCUUUACAAGGUGGAUCCAGACUCAGGCAUCAUUGGUUGUAUUUGCGGUAUUGAAGAAGAUGAUGGUUUUACUAUUCAGUGUGAUGUUUGUUUCCGUUGGCAGCACUGCUCUUGUAUGGGCUAUAGAACCAAUGAGGAAGUUCCAGAGGACGAAUACAAGUGUUAUUACUGUGACGAAAGAAAAUGGAAUAAGUUUAAUCCUGACACAUGCCGAAAAGAUACCUUGGCACGCUUGGAACUCGAGAAGGCUUCUGAACUGGCAACAUCUAAAUCUCUUCCAGGGAAGCGUAAAGCCUCUGGUAGCAACGGGGAAGACAAAAAGAAACGCAAGACUGAAAAGGAUGCUAAACCUGCGGUCGCUACUUCCAGUGAGGUCCGUCCUGGCAAUAGCAAGCGUAAGUCUUCAGGAAACUUAGCAGCUGCGAAUGUCACGCCAGCAUCUCCUGGUGUGCUGGACAUCCCACUCAAGAAUAAUGAUUUGCUCGAAGACGGUGUUACCGCAGAAACUUAUCAAAGCGUCUACUACAAACUCAAGGACUACGAUUACAAGACGCCUUCUGUCAAGAGAAAUUUGGAGUUAUUGGGUGCUGAGUUCGAGAAGAGCUCCCAAAGAUCGCUGGCGAUCGAAACAGUCCCAUUAGCCUCCUACAAGUCGACUAAGUUCAGUAAAGUAAUCUUGCCGAUUCAUCAAAGAUACUUGCAGGAGAAGAAUGAGCUUCAAAAGAACAAAGGCUAUAAUAAGACAGCAGUCCAAGUGAAGCCAUACAGUGAGAACCCGAAGCACAAAUUCACGGGCGUUCAGAAGGUCGGAUUGUAUAUUACUGAACGUGCUGCAACCCCUGGCGCUGACACGACUAUUCCUGCCGGGACUAAUGUUAUCGAGUAUUUGGGUGAAGUCGACUUCUUUGAUCUGUACAAGGCUAAUCAUGCCAAUCAGUACUCGCUGUGGGGUGCAGUGAAACCGAAGGUAGCUGUUGUCGACUUGAAGCUUUUUGAGAACCAGCCACCGGUUCAGGUCGUUAUUGAUGCUCGUUUUGUUGGUAAUGAAUCUCGUUUCAUCCGAAAGUCCUGUCCAAAUGCAGCUAAUUGUGAAAUAAGGCCUGUUUACAUUCCACAGUUAAGGUCCUUCAAAUUCUUUGUUGUUACUACAAAGCCAAUCACAUUGAAGGGUGAUACCAUGGAUGAAGAGUUGCGGAUUGCCUGGGAAUGGGAUGAUUUGCAUCCUAUCAAGCAAAUGGUGCCUGCGACCGAGUCAGCGGAUAUUAAGGACUGUAAGAAGUUUGAGGAUUUCGACGAAGACCUGAAAUUUCUUUUGAUCUCAUGUGUUGAUGCUAUCCUCAACUUUACUGAGUGUGGUUGCAAUACAGCACCUUCGACAUCACAAUGCGCUAUUUUCAAGAUCAAGAAGGCAACUUCGUAUUUGCUGAGAUCUACUAGGAAAGCCUCGGGUCUCUCCAAUACCUCCUUGAGUAAAUCAAAGGAGGUUUUGAUGAUGCCCCAACAGGUCAAAGAAUUUGUCUCAUGGAAGGAGAGACUCGUGGAGCGUGACGGGAAAUUGCAUGCCGCUUUAUUCUCUCUUACUCCAUCAGAUGAGUCGAGCGAGAUCUCGAGCGAAGAUGAUCCAGCUCUUGAGCGAUCUGCUACUCCUGGGGUUCAAUCUGUGGCUGAUGUGACAGUGGAGAAAGCUGUGCGAGACAAGUCGUCCUUCUUCCGCGUUCCUUUUAAGAAACAACUUCUUUCUCGCGGGCACUUUUACCCUAAUAAUGGACGGACCAUUGAAUAUUCGACUGAGGAGAAGACAGCCGGAGAUACUAAAGAAGCAGAUGGUUCAAGAGUGUUGGCUAUACCUAUUGUACCAGAAAUUCUUUCUCUGAUUCGGGACACUGUGAACGAAACAUUGAAACCUUUAGCAAGAAUUACUAGCGAUGUAAAGGUCUCUGUGGACUCGACCGAAAGAAAGGAGAGCGUUGGUGGUCAAGAAAAAGAGAAUGUUCCAGUGGAACUUGCAACUUCGAGGUCUGAGGAAGUUGUGGAGCCUGUUACUAAGACACCAGCUGUUGUGAAGAAGCUUUCGUUCGCAGACUACAAGAAGAAGAUGAAGUAA